AUGGCGAAAUUUUCAAUCGGCGAAGACGAUGACGAUACUCCACUUGCCAAUAAACGGCCAAGAUUCGCUGAACCCGCAUCUCAAUCGCAACCCCGGUCUCAGAGAUUUGUCCCAGCGCAACCGCUGGUUGUGGCGGAGGAAGACGAAGAUGAAGAGUUGAUUGCAAUAGAAGAUGUAGAAUCGGAUUCGCAAGGAUCUAAAGAAGAGGAAGACGAUGAUGAAGACGAGGUGGAAGCGGAAGCCGUGGAAGAGGAGGACGACGAUGAAGAAGACGAAGACGUUGGAAGCGAGGACGGUGGUAUUCAAUUUACAGAGGUGCAGCCAGUAUCAAAGGGGCAAAAUCGGCCGGUGGCGGUGCGUUCGUUACACAUAGGGUUAUCAAAUAGCACCGCUGCGAUUAAAAGCUCUACUACUGCUCCGCCGGUGUUCUUGAUCCAUUGUCUUCCCCUGUCUUCUAGGUAUUUCAUCUCUCUUUAUAUACGUCUCUACAUCUCACUUCAUCUUCUUGUAUUUGGAAUUCAAUUUUCAUCAGUUUCGUAG